CAGUUUUUUAUUUAGAAACAAAAACAAAACCAAACUUCGAAACCAAUCCAAAUCCCUUCCCUCCAUGUAAAGAAGGGGAAGAAAGGAGUUGAGAUUGGAAUUCGAAAUCCCUUACCUAUCACCCCAGGGAAUAUUCCUGAGCGUCUCAGAAUCCAGCUAGCUGAUGAGCCAUUGAAUAGACAAAGAAGAAGAAGCAAAGCGAUAACGUCUGCACUUGUAGAAGGGGAAGGAUAAGAAGGAAGCGAAACCUAAUUUUCAAAUUAGGCUUCUGAAUUUUUUUAUCUUUUCUCUCUCUCUGUCUCGUUUAUAAAAUACUAAACCACAAUAGAUAAUUUCUUCUUCAGAUCGAAACCAAACCAAUGGAGAAGAGAGAAGAAGACAUUGGUAUUGCCCAGAAUCAGAUAAAGACUAGUAGUAGUAAUGGAUCUAAGUUUCCAUUGACAUUUUGGGAGGUUACAAUUGCUUUGUCUGUUGUUUCUAGUUUUAUUUUAGGGCUUCUUGGUGUCUAUUUGACGUUACCAGCUUCGGAUUAUAGUUUCCUUAAGCUUCCUCGGAGUCUUGAAGAUCUUCAGCUUCUCAGGGAUCACCUUGAAGAUUACACGAGUGACUACACAGUACAAGUUCUUGUGGGGUAUCUUGUUGUCUACAUCUUUAUGCAGACUUUCAUGAUUCCAGGAACAGUUUUUAUGUCAUUACUUGCGGGAGCACUUUUUGGAGUAGUCAAAGGCGUUGCUCUCGUUGUUUUUGCUGCCACUGCUGGUGCUUCAUCUUGCUUCUUUCUAUCGAAACUCAUAGGAAAGCCUCUUGCAGUUUGUUUGUGGCCAGACAAAUUGACCUUCUUCCAAAAUCAGGUGGCUCAAAGAAGAGGAGGACUGCUCAACUACAUGCUUUUUCUAAGAGUCACUCCUACCUUACCGAAUACCUUCAUCAAUGUAGCUUCACCAAUAGUGGAUGUACCUUUCUAUAUUUUCUUCACCGCAACUUUCAUCGGGCUAAUUCCUGCUGCUUAUGUGACAGUCAGGGCUGGGAUAGCUCUUGGAGAGUUGAGAUCUCUAGGUGACCUCUACGAUUUCCAGUCGAUAGCUACCUUAUUCCUCAUUGGGGUUGUCUCUAUCACUCCUACACUUAUGAGUAAGAACAAGUCAGAGAAGGUGGCGUGAUAAGAAGGAUGCACCUGGAUGAAUGCAGAAAAUCGGUCGAACUAGGGAGGCACCUCUGCGAGGGCUAUACAGGGAUACAUAUUAGGCCCAAUUCCCUUCCCUUGCUCGUCGUUUGGUUUCCUCCUACAUUGGGUAUGGGUAAGCACCUCGGACAAUGGAUUGAAAUGUAAAUCUUGUUACCAAGGCAGGCUUGCUGUGUCUCUGUACAUUGUUUAAUCCUUGUGGUUUUUUGAAAUAAAAAAGUUCAGCAAAUUGUGUUUUCGAA